AACGUGGUCUUCUUCUUCUCAGGCCCUCACACCGCCGGCGCCUUACCCUAAUUGCUUCCCCUCACGCACGACUCUCACUUACCCAACCACCUCCAAUGCUCCUCCAAUGCUCUCUCUCUCUCUCUCUCUCUCUCUCUCUCUCUCUCUCUCUCUCUCUCUCUCUCUCUCUCUCUCUCUCUCUCACAGUGUACAGUAUGAUCUUAUUGUAGAAAGCUUCUAAUCCAUCAGACCACGAAGCUAUACGCCCCUGUGAUAACGGAGACCGCAAUGACACUCCAUAGCCUCGAUGUACCCUCGCCCUGCCACUUGAGCUCCUUCGGUGGAGCUCGACCCUCUUCCUUUUGUCGCCUAAACAACCCCAAUUUCACCAUAGCUUCGUCUUCUCCGGCUACCAUAUUUAAGCGGUUCUCCAUCUCCUGUGCGGUUUCUUUUCGACCUUGCAUUGAUAUUCAUAAGGGAAGAGUGAAACAGAUUGUGGGUUCAACCCUUAGUGAUUCCAAAGAAGAUGGAUCGAGCCUUGUAACUAAUUUUGAAUCUGAUAAGUCAGCUGCUGAGUAUGCAAAUUUGUACAAAGAAGAUGGACUUACAGGUGGGCAUGUCAUCAUGCUCGGAGCAGAUCCUUUGAGCAAAGCUGCAGCUAUAGAAGCAUUACAUGCCUAUCCUGGCGGUCUGCAAGUUGGAGGUGGGAUUAAUUCUGACAAUGCUUUGAGUUACAUAGUGGAAGGCGCUAGCCAUGUGAUUGUCACUUCGUACGUAUUCAACAAUGGGAAAAUGGACCUUGAGAGGCUUAAGGAUCUUGUUCGUGUUGUUGGAAAAGAAAGACUUAUAUUGGACCUUAGCUGCAGAAAGAAGGAAGGUAAAUAUGCAAUUGUCACUGACAGAUGGCAGAAGUUCAGUGACGUGUAUUUGGAUGAGGAAGUAUUGGAUUUUCUUGCCAACUAUGCAGAUGAAUUUCUGGUCCAUGGUGUUGAUGUUGAAGGGAAAAAGUUGGGCAUUGAUGAAGAGCUUGUAGCAUUGCUUGGAAAGCACUCUCCGAUUCCGGUCACUUAUGCUGGUGGUGUGACAGUCAUGGCCGAUUUGGAGGUGAUUAGAGUGGCAGGAAAGGGGCGUGUGGAUGUCACAGUGGGAAGUGCUUUGGACAUCUUUGGAGGCAACUUGGCAUACAAAGAUGUGGUUGAUUGGCAUGCCCGUCAACGGAUCUUGACAGUCUAGUACCCUACUAGUCCCAACCCAUUUUCUUUUAUAAGCUGUACUUUUCAUUUCUAGCUUCAAAAUGGAUUUUGACUACUUUUUCUUGUAAUUUAUGGACAUUGGAGUGUGAGUUGUGAACUCAAAGUCAGCGCAACUUAAGCUGGCUAACAGAGAAAACUACCGGACUACUAAAACUGAGUCUGAGACUGUAACUCUCAUAAAAAAAACAAGUCAAAUAUAAUUCGAGGUUCCUACUCAUGUUUUGUAAUACAAUUAUUUCAAACCUAUUCUUAUAUAAAGAUUUGCAUUGGAACACAAUCAUAAAAAUUGUGCAUAUUUAGUUAAUUUGUUUUCUUGUGUCAUUUUUUUCCCCACAUUUGAGAUAGGUCUUAGAGGAUCUAAACCAGUAAUAAUAAUAAGGUUAAUUAGAAUUUUUAUCUUCUCAAUUUUGACAUAUACCAAAUCAUGUUCCCUGAAAGGUCGUUAAAAAUAUUUCUUGCACUAUUAAGAUUGUUGGAUUUAAGGAUUUUUUUUCGAUUUUUAAUAAAAAAGUCUAACAUGGAUGAAAAGUUCAAGGACCAUGAUUUAGUACAUGUCAAAAUUCAAUGGGUAUGAUUUGGUAGAUAUCAAAGUUCGGGAAGCAUAGUUUAGUAUAUAAACAAUAACUGAAAUAGUAAAAUUCAAUAAAAUUAGACAAAAGCUUUUAAAUUCAACAAUUUCAAUAAUUCACGGUGUAUUUUUAACGACCUUAAAAGUUCAAGGGGUAUGAUUUGGUACAUGUCAAAGUUCAAGGGACAAAAAUCUUAAUUAGAGUAAAAAUAAUGAUAUGUGCACAUAAAACUUGCAUUGCAUAGUUUUCAGGUUGGGGUAAUGAUAACAGAGUUAAUUGCUUCAUCAUACAUAACAAACAAGGGUAGUUUCUUUUUUAUCACAAACAAACAUGGGUAGUUUGUAUUGUAAGUAAACAUUUAUGUUUUUACCAGUAAUCUCUACAAGAACAAACCCCAUCUUUGAAAUGGUGGAAACGAGUUGCAUCUCUAACAAUAAACUCACGGUCUGCUAUUUUACUAACCAACUUUAAAAACAAGUGACAGUCAUCACAUGCCCUCAAGUUCUUUAUCACAAUGAUCUCCAUCCCAGGAAGAGUAUUCAAAAGCCCGAAUGCAAUCGCCAGUUUCUCGCUAUGAACAUUAUUCUCACCGAUCAAAUGUUGUUCGUUUUUCAUUUUGCCACCAAUCCCAUUAGACUCACAAAGUUUUCUUACUAAACUUUCUAGUUCAGCCAACAUUCUAUAUAUGUCAUCUGUUUGUUGAUGAGUUCUGUCACCAGCCAAGAAAAUAUGAACUUCUCCUUUGAAUUCGACAUAGCUGUAACCUGGUUCCUUUCUAAGCUUUCGCUCCCUCAUCAUCGUUCUAACCUUUAAUACACCCUCUGAAUUCUCUGCAUCCGAAUAUAUAUUCGAUAACAAAACAUAGUAACCUAUAUUGGCAGGUUCAAGCUCAAUAACUCUUUCAAAAGCUAACUCUGCUAGCUUUACGUUUUUGUGAAUUUUACAAGCAUUCAAGAGGGCUCCCCACACUGCACCAUCUGGCUUUACCUUCAUUGACCGAAUGAGUUCCUCGGCUUCCUUUAAUCGCCCUGCUCGGCCUAACAAAUCAACCACGCAAGAGUAAUGCUCUGAACCUGGCUGCAAGCCAUAGCUUCUCUCCAUUGUAGCAAAAUAUUCUAGCCCCCUAUCAGUUAAUCCGGAAUGGCUGCAGGCAGAAAGAAUGGUUACAAACAAUGUUUUAUCUGGUUUGAUUCCAGCUUUUAUCAUUUCUUCAAAGAGUUUCACAGCAAGCUCCCCGUGUCCAUGCAUUCCAUAUCCCCCUAUGAUUGCUGUCCAUGAUACUAAACUUCUUUCUUUCAUUGAAGAAAAAAUUGAAUGAGCUUUUACCAAAUUUCCACAUCUAGCAUACAUGUUAACCAAGGAAUUCAUCAAAAAGGGAUUGGAACCAAAGCCACAUAGCUCAAUUCGUUGUUCAACCUCACGGCCAACACCAUGGGCACCAAGGUGAGUACAAGAAGACAGAACCCCAACAAGAGUCACAGGGUCAGGAGAAACACCAACAAGCUUCAUCUCCCUGUAAAGAUCCAAAACUCGGGUGGCGAAUCCGUUUUGUGAGUACCCAGAUAUCAUGGCAUUCCAAGUAAUUAAACCCUUCUCAGGCAUUUCAUCAAACACUUUUCGAGCAUACUCAACUGAGCCACAUUUUACAUACAUUGUAAGCAAACAAUUUCCAACAGACGAGUCAAGUUCCAAUCCAAUUUUGAUACUACAACAAUGAAGACUCUUCCCAAGAUCUAAAUCCACAGGUGAAAAACAACCAGGGAUCAAACCCAACAAGGUAACUGAAUUAACUGACACAACUUCCUCCCUCAUCCUACAAAACAACACAACCGCAUCCAAAAACUUUGAGUUCAAAAUGUACCCAGAUAUCAAAGCAUUAUAACAAACAGUAAGCUUUCUCGACUCAGGAUUUUCAUCAAACACUUUACGCGCAUUCUCAACUUGAGAGAAUCUACAGUACAUUGAUAUCAAAGAAGUCUGCACAAAUGGUUCGGGCUCACACCCAGUUUUGAGAACAUGGCCAUGGAGGAGGGCUCCAGUGACGGAGAACGAAAGGGCUGCUGAAGACUUGAGAACGAAAGGGAAUGUGAAAACGUUGGGGGAUUGACCGGAACGUAGCAUCCGACGAUAAAGAUGGAGAGCAUCGGAGAAUAGACAUUGCUUGGCGAACUCUCUCAACUGGGUGUUCCAUAAAGUUGAGGUUGGAGGAGCUAAGCUUUUGGCUAUGGCGGCCUGAACAUGAACAGUCAUGCAAGCUAUGGCGUCUUC